CCGCUUAAACUUAGCCUCCUCCGCAGGCAUCUCUUCUCACGGAAAGAAAAAUUCUUUUUUCGAUGCGGAAUUCCUGUGGCGAAUAGAGGAGAAAAAUAACGCAGGGGGGAGGGGGACAAAAGAAACACAGGUAUUACAAAUCUAGAUAAAGGCCAUUACAGACUAUAGUAGAGUUGCCUGCGGAGUAGGCUAGCUGAAACUCUCUCACAGAAAACCUUGCUACGCAGGCUAAAGGCUUUCAAUUACUUUAACGCGAGAGCGACAUGGAGAAGGAGGAGCUGAAUGUGAAUGAUGGUGACGGGACGAAGCGUAAGUUCCACGAGUUCGACGACGUGUUCGUCAAUCUUGUGCGAUCGUUUGGGACGUACCAGCGACUCCUCGUGGUCGGGUUAAACAUGAUCAUCUUACCCCUAGUCUGCCAAUUCGACUCGCUCGUCUACGCUCUUGGUACGCCUGGCUUUCAUUGUGAGACGGCCAAUGUGACUUGUCCUCCCAAGCAGUGCUGUGAAAACUGCACCUCGUACGUGUUUGACGGUCCAUAUCAUUCGACAGUCUCAGAGUGGCGCCUGAUAUGCGACAAGGCCUACCUUGGGGCCACCCUUCAGUCCGUGUACUUUAUCGGGAUGUUGUUUGGCUCGUUUCUGACAGGGAUGGUUUCGGAUGCGUGGGGCCGUAAGAACUGCCUGUUCUUGUUCACAGGGAUUAUGCUCGCUGCUGGAGUGGCAUCGACGCUUGUCGACUGCGUGUCUUUUUUCGCCUUUCUCCGCUUCCUAGUUGGGUUCGGUCUUUCUGGAGCAAUGCUCUCGCAAUUUAUCUAUCUCAUGGAAAUCGUCGGUCCCAAGCGGAGGACUCUGACGGGAUACGUAGCCUAUCUAUUCUGGGGCGGCUUUGGGCUUGUCAUUCUACUAUUCGCGUAUUUCAUCAGGGGAUGGCGAACGCUUCUUUUAGCGGGCACUCUACCGGCUAUCCUAUUGUUCCCAUUUUGGAGAUGGAUACCCGAGUCGCCUCGGUGGCUUGUCGCCAACGGGGGACUGGAUGAAGCGCACGCAGUCCUUGUCAAGUUUGGCGCCAAAAGAGGUAACACGAUUGACGAGGGAGCUUUGCGGGAACUGCUUGAUGCGGUUCGUGAAGACCAGUUAGAGCGAGAGAAAGAUGUCAAGAAACACACGGCUUUAGACCUGCUGAAAACCCCCAAGCUACGACGGUGGACCCUCAAUAUCUGCUUCCAAUGGUUUGCCGUAGCGCUGGUGAAUUUCGGAAUAUUCAUUUUUGUAUCGCAAUUGGCGGGCAAUCUUUAUGUGAACUACGCGAUCAUGCGAACACUGACCACCGUACGAGUGCCACCGCUGUAUUUCCUUACUCUCAAGUUCGGUCGUCGCCUGGUCCACGGCUCAUGUCUGUUACUCGGUGGAACAAUCCUGCUUAUCAUACUCGGAUUUCACGAGAGCUACCCACUGGCGACUACAGGCCUCGCUGUGACUGGUUUUAUGGUGUUUUACUGCGCCUGGACGACAACGUAUCUUAUCACCGCUGAACUGUUCCCCACAGUCUUGAGGAACACUGCCCAAGGUGUUGGAUCUACCGCGGCUCGUAUUGGCGCCAUGCUUGCACCGUACAUAGCUAUGAGUGGUCAGUUGCCAGGGACGAGCGUGGCCCUACCCGCCACCAUCUGUGGGGUGAUCGCCUUGAUAGCAGCAGUCGCUACGUACUGGAUCCCAGAGACAUUGUACGCAAACAUGCACCAGACGGCACAGGAGGCGGAAAGGGCCGAAGAUGAUUAUGGGAUACCUUGCUGUGGAGGUUCCCAAAGAGCGAGGUGGCAAGAAGAGGUCAGCGGCAAGCCGCUUAUGAUGACAGAAAAGGCAUAAAGAAGAUUGGAGAAGAAGUGUUCUCACUGGCGGAGUUAACCCUAAAUUUCAGCAUAGCCCAUGACUUGUCCUGCCCUUCUCUGGCUAUAUAAAGUGGUUCUGUAUCUUGGUCCUUUUGACUCUUACCUUAUCUCAUCCGUCCAUGUUUUAUCUCAAGCCUGAUUGGGCUCUGUGUCGAUAGUCGAUAGUCAAUAGCCAAUGAGGCUGACAUUGUCCUGCCCUUCUAUGGCUAUAUACACAAAGGUUCUGUAUCUUGGUCCUUUUGACUCUUUAUCUUAUCUCAUCCGUUCAUGUUUUAUCUCAAGCCUGAUUGGGCUCUGUGUCAAUAGCCAAUGAGGCUGACAUUUACAUGCAUCUCCCCAAUAAACCUAGAACACCUCAAUUAACACCCCUUCACCACCCAUAAACUAAGGACGCCACCUCUAUUCCACACCCCUUCUUCACCCAUAAACUAAGGACACCCCUAUUCCACACCCCUUCCCCAUAAACUUAAAACACCUCUUUACCACACCCUUCCCCCUAAAAACAUCUCAAUUUCACACCCCUCCCCCUAAGAACAUCUCUAUUCCACAACCCUCCCCCAACCAUGAACUAAAAAACACAUUUAUUACACUAGGCACUAACAGGGCUCAGGCAUUUAUUAGAUCAAUUUUUUUUAGUUUGGCUACAACUAUGAUACAUUAUUUUUUACAGCUUAAAGGUUUGUCUAAAUUGAAAUUCUGAAGCAGAAAAUAUUUAUACUCACUGCUUAAAAGAGUGAGUGAAACAAUUACAAUCAACACCCCUCUGUGGAUAUUAGAGUAGACUGCAAUUCUUGUAAGUUCACAACUUCAAUAAAGCACACACUUGUUUUUCCCAA